GGAAAACAGUCGAGUCAACAUGGCGACCUCGGUGAGGAAAGCAGCCCACGACAUCGAAACGCGCAAACGCACCGAUGAUGUGCUUCUGUCAGAGGGGAUCAACUUCAGCUCCUUGCUGCUCUCUCAGGCCGUGCUGGACGGGCUGUCCGCCGCAGGCUUCCAGAAACCUUCCCCGAUCCAGCUCAAAGCCAUCCCGCUAGGCCGCUGCGGACUCGAUUUGAUUGUUCAGGCCAAAUCCGGAACGGGGAAGACAUGUGUGUUCUGCACCAUCGCUCUGGACUCUCUGGUGCUGGAGAAUCCUGCAACUCAGGUUCUUGUUCUUGCUCCCACACGUGAGAUAGCGGUGCAGAUCCACUCCGUAGUGAUGGCCAUAGGCUGUGCCAUGGAGGGCCUGGAGUGCCAUGUUUUCAUUGGUGGGCGGCCCGUGAGUCAGGACAAACUCCACCUGAAGAAGUGCCACAUAGCUGUAGGCUCACCUGGGCGUAUUAAGCAGCUUAUCGAGCUGGGCAUGCUGUCCACGGCCAGCGUCCGCCUGUUUGUUCUGGAUGAGGCUGACAAGCUUCUGGAGGAGGGCAGCUUCCAGGAACAGAUCAACUGGAUCUUCUCCUCUUUGCCUGCAAACAAACAGAUGCUUGCUCUCUCUGCCACCUACCCAGAAUCCCUUGCUCAACAUCUUACCCGCUACAUGAGCGAACCCACAUUUGUCCGACUAAACCCCAGUGACAUGGGCCUUAAAGGUCUGAAACAGUAUUACAAGCUGGUGCAGUCCCAUCCUCUACCUCACAAGGUGUUUGAGGAGAAGGUGCAGCACCUGCUGGAGCUUUUCAGCAAAAUCCCAUUCAACCAGGCACUGGUGUUCUCCAACCUCCAUACAAGGGCUCAGCAUCUGGCAGACAUCCUGUCCUCCAAAGGCCUACCUGCUGUUUGUAUCUCAGGGGGUCUGAGCCAGGACCAGAGACUGGAGGCAAUGUCCAAACUGAAGCAGUACCAGUGCAGAGUGCUCAUCUCUACUGAUCUGACGUCCAGAGGCAUAGAUGCAGACAAAGUGAACUUGGUGAUAAACCUGGAUGUGCCUCAGGACUGGGAGACCUACAUGCACCGAAUUGGAAGAGCUGGCCGCUUCGGCACUCAGGGGCUUGCUGUGACCUAUUGUUGCCAUGGCGAGGAGGAAAACAAGAUGAUGGCCAUCGCUCAGAAGUGCAGCCUGAGUCUGUCUCUGUUACCAUCCACCCUAGAGCCUGGGUUGAUGGAUGAGCCAUGUGACUGGGAUGUCUGCACCGAGGCCUCCGCUCCAGACACUUUAUCACACUUCUCAUCCAGGACAGUGAAGAAGAAGCAGCGGGCCAAGUUGGUCACAAAUCAAGAACAAGAGCAGAGUAUUCAAAGAAAGCCAGAGAAGUGCUAUCCUCUACCCCGAUCAGUAGCACAACGUGAAGAAAAUCCUGGAAAAGUAUCUACAGCCCCGACUCGAAAAGAGCUGCAAGACGCUCUGCCAAAGAUCCCCCCUCUCAGCUCGUUCAAGACAAACAGGCCGAGGUUUAUGACCUUUGAGAAGGCUAAGCAGGACUUUGAGAGCUUCAUGACCACAGGGUUGGGGAGAUCAGUGGAGGUCAUCAGGGAGUUUAGAGGUCGAGAGGACGGUGGCACUGAUGAUCUAAACAGGCACAGAGAGACUGUCAUGCUGCAUGCUGACGAAGCUCAAGGCUUUAAGCCAAAUGGAACCCAAAGAAAAUCUGACUUUUUACAUCCGAGAUCAGCCUCUUCUUCCUCAAGCUCAGAAUCAGACGAUGAUGACACAAGGGAAACCACAAGUAAUGAAAAGAAGGAGCCUGUUAUCCCUUGGAAUAACACUAAAGCAACUCCCACUACAUCCGAACCACAGCUUGAGACAACACAAACUGACAUUUUUACACCAUCUCCACCAGAAAUCUACAGCCAGACAAGCUCUGCAUCAGACUGCACAGCUUUUUCUAACUCCUCUGAAACCUAUAAAUCUGCAUCAGCUGUUCAAUCUAGCAGGGGAUCUACUCAGGCGGCUCUAUCACACACCAACACAAACAGAUCAAAAAAGGAAAAAAGAGGCAAAAACAUUUCAGAGGAUAAAGACAGACGGCGAAAGAAAGAAAGGGAGGAUAAAGAGCAUGAUGAUGGAGAGGAGGAAGAGGAGGAGUUGAGUGCAGAAGAUUACUGGAGAUCAUGCUACAGAGCCUGGAAUGACUACUACUCCUCUAUGUAUCCUUUUCAGGAGCAAGGGUACCAAAACUACUACAGCGUGGCCCACAACUGGAUGGCAGCUUAUCGUAUGAACUCAGUUUACAUGGAAGAACUCCAAAAAUACUAACUGCUCUGAAAUAUGUAAAAAAAAAAAAAAAAAAAAUUGUACAAAAUUUUCUUGGCAGAAAAACAUCAAGCACUUCUAAGCUGAUAUGUUGCAAUGAAAUGCAUUCCUGUCGUAUUGGUAUAGUAUAGCUCCUCAUUGGAGCCUUUCCUUGUCAUGAUUCUAAACAUUAAAGUACUUUAUUGAUA